GAUUUUAUUAGCAUACAUUCACUUCACUUCAAGACAAUCUACAAAAAACAAGCAAAACCAAAAUCGACCGACAAAAAAAUGAACAAAAUGAUUGUGGUGUUAACCAUGAUGCUGGUGAUGGUGGCAUUAGGACCCGGUAUGUUAAAUGCGUACGAGAUUGAGAUGCUCCGACCGAAGUCCACGUGUGAUCCACCAUGCGCAUAUGGCCAGAUGUGUAUUGCAAACGCUAAAGGGGCAUCCUGUGCAGGUAACCACCAAGAUGGACAAAAGCAAUUUCAUUUACCUAAAACUCAUGUAUCGGCCUAUCAGCCGUCGUACCACGUGAUGGGCAAAAGCACACUCCCAAGUCAAGUACUCCAAGAAGAUCCCGUGUGGUCCAGGGAAGACCCCAUGCCCAAAUGGCAAGAUGUGUAUUGA